AUGAAUGAUGCAAUGAGUUUAUUUAUUCAUCGAUUGUGGAAAGAUUAUUAUGUCCAGAAUUUGCCGUUAAAUAAAAAUUGUAAAGUUGUGGAUGUGGCGGGAGGUACUGGGGAUAUUGCUUUUCGAAUUGCUGAAAGGAUGGGGGCAAAUGGGAAUGGCGCUGUUACUAUUGUGGAUAUUAAUGAGAAUAUGUUAGAAGUAGGAAAGCUUCGAGUACCUCCAAAUUAUGCUAGCCAUUUAAAUUGGGUUACAGCUAAUGCAGAAUCUCUUCCUUUUGAGGACAAUUCUUUUGAUAUUUACACAAUAGCUUUUGGAAUAAGAAAUUGUACACAUCCAGAGAAAGUUUUGAAUGAAGCUUUUCGAGUGUUAAAACCUAGAGGUUUUUUUUUAAUUUUUUGUUUAAGAAAUGGGUAA